UGUGCCUAUUUCAUUUAACAAUGAGUGUCAGUUUGUUUUCAUUUAUAAUUGCUCUGACUCAAGAUAUUACCACACAAGUUAAUGUUGAUCUUCAAGGGCCAUUGUAUGCCAAGAGUGGUGAUAAAAUAUGGGUUAACUGCUCAUCAAAUACUGUGCCAGCAGGGGAAACAGCAGAAUUCCUUGUAAACGGGGACACAAUAAACAGCUUAAGACGACACAACAAUGAUUGUUACUCAGCAACUACAAGGAAAAAGUGCAUACGGGAUAUUUGCCAGUGUUCCAACAAUGGAAAGACAUAUGGAAUACGAAUAAAUAUAAAUCAACAAAGGACAGAUGUAGAUGUAGAGAUUGUAUGUUCCAUGAAAUUUAAAAUUGGUCGGACAUUUUUUAUAAAUGACAGCAUAUCCGUUCAGGUUUUAGAUAUAACCAGCCCAAAGAUAUCCCCAGUUGGUUCACCUUUGGUAUCUGGAACAAACAUUAACCUAAGUUGCAGUAUUAUUACUUCUCUUGAAAUUCAAAUGCAUUGGAAUUGUCUGAAUUUUACAUCUGUUCAGGUAGAGCAGAUCAAUUCUACAUUUACUGCAAUAUUAUUCCUACAUCUCAGAUCAAGUUACAAUGGAAGGAUAUGCACUUGUAUUGCCCGAUUCAAGCAAAUCACUUCAUCAGCAACUAUAACUUUGAAUAUUUCAAGUCCGCCACUUGUGACAGUUAGCAAUCCAACAGAGUGUAAUCUUACUUCGAAUAUUAUGCUGUUUUGUGUUUUAUCCGGUGAACUACAAACGUAUGGCUUUAACUUAUGGACCCAUAAAAUUAAUGAACAAUUCAUCAGAUAUAUUGAAGGAAAUGUCAACAAAGCCACAUUAACUCUUCUAAUCUCUUCAUGCUCAUUUGAAGAUUCCGGUGAAUAUAUCUGUCGAGCCUGGAAUCAAAUCGGAAAAGAGAAAUAUGUAUCGAACAAGACAACAACAAUUACAGUCAAUCAUGCUCCAAUAAUAACUGAGACAAACCGGUACACCGAACCUAAUGUGACAUAUGUUGUGCAGUACUAUAGCAAUUCUCCAACUUUUUCAACAAUGUGGUUUAAGAAUACCGAGUUAUUAACAAAUUCAAUGCUAUAUUCAAUGACUUUAGCUGCACAAAAUGUGUCGUUAGAAAUGUAUGGUAAAAUGGUAGUACUACCUGGAUAUAGUGCUAAACUUGGCAUACCACGUGACACACUAGGGGAUUAUACUCUGAUUCUGACGAAUGAGUUUGGAGAAACUCAACAUAGUUUCGAACAGAUAGAAGAGAAUGCUAGUGAGAAGUACGAGCAGAGGAGUACACAACACAAUGUUGACAUGACAACAGAAAGUCACACAGAAAAUAGCCUUAGUAUAACAUAUGGACCAUUGGCAGGUGGACUGGUAUUAUUUGUAUCUUUAUUCGUUGGCGUUAAUAUCGGGAUAAAUCGGAAAUGUCGAACUGUGAAUUUUGAAAACGGUGAGGAAUUUACGGGACCAAACAUUCCAAACAGUAACUCCAUUGCAAAUACCGACACACAACCUCCUCAAAUUGAACACAAUUUGUCAGUAUAUGAGACGAUAAACGAAAACGAGAUGAUGCAGGUUCCGGUUGGCUUGGAUAUGCUAAAUAAAACCGAAGCAGCCAGUGUAAGCAGCUGUUCCAGUACAAGUAAAUCAUCAUCGGCUUCAAAUCGAUCAUACUUGGAAGUUGUAGAUUAUAGUUUUUAUUUAAAGCCGUAUGAAAUAUUACAAUGUAACACAGAUUCCGAUUUUGUACAUUUAUAUAGUACAACUGUAGAUCAAUUUGAAUAUAAAUUAGAUUCGUCGAGCACUGAAUCAUCAACGUGUCCUCAGCGUAAUUUUAGUUCUGAAUUGAAACAAGAGUCCGUAACCAUUUCUCCUGAACAAUCAAGUCUUUCAUUUCUACCAACAAUUUCGAACGAAUAUACUGCCAACGAUGACAAUCUCAUUUCAGUCAUAAAGGAAUGUGGGGCUACAAAAACACCGGCGAUUAUGACUGAAAUGGACUGCUGGAAUAUAUCAAACAAAGCGGAAACUAAUCGUGCAGUGUCUCACAGUUUGUCGAAGUCGAUAUCAGAUUACCAGUACAUGUCUGACGCUAAUUCUGACCCAUCUAUUGAGAUUGACAGCAGCUCCAAUCCAGUAAAUGCGAUGAGUACAUUUCUGUAAUAGAAAGAAUGCACAAUUUCCGACGUCUCAUCUGGUUUACUGCUGAUGAUUGAACUUUUGGUUAAAAGUCAUUAUGAUAUCUCAUGAGCGUAACAUUAUUAAAUUCCAUGUACAUUUUACAAUCAUUCAAUACACUAUAUAUAAUGGACUUUUAUAUUGCUUAAAGCAUCAUAGCUGGACUUUUUAAAAGCCCUAACCCUAAU